UGAAAAUUGUCAUUGGGGUGUUGAGAAUAAUGAAGAUGUUGCGCAUUUACCAUUGAUAAGAAGAAGAUACGUCAAAGUUGGAGUUGCCUGGUUUUUGGUUCGUGGCUGCGGCAAAUUAAAAUAAAUACAAGUGAAAAUGGCGAUGAAUUUCAGCAGGGCCUUAUGCAGUCGGGGUGUUUUCUCUCAAAUCAGUGCUUUCCGUACAGCCAACCAAUUCCCAGGCGUACGAUGUAUCACCAUGAAAAUCGUUCAGAAACCAGUGGAACCAGAUGAGACUCCCGAUGAAAGAAAUAUGCGUUUGAACCGUGAGCUGUCUCCACAUUUAUCCAUCUACAAACCUCAACUGACCACCGUACUGUCCAUCUCACACAGAAUUACAGGUAUGAUGCUGACUGGAUACGUCUCAGUUUUCGGAUUGGGUGCUCUAGUCCUCCCGCACGAUUUCUCGCAUUACAUUACGAUGAUCGAAGGUCUUCAAUUGAGCUCUGCUAGUUUAGUUGUUCUGAAAAUGAUUCUCGCCUUCCCUGCUUCCUACCACUUGUGCAACGGAGUUCGCCAUUUGCUAUGGGAUUCGGGCAAAAUGCUUAAGUUGAAAGAGGUCUACUCAUCUGGCUAUGCAAUGCUCGGUGCAUCUGUUGGCUUGACCGUUUUGCUUGCUCUUUUGUAAAAAGAAGGGCAACUAAAUGUUUUGUACAGUUUCUUUUUGUAAAUUCGCAAAGCACAUGUAAGUUAUUUUUCGAAUUUGUUUCUCAGCAGCAAUAAUUUCAUUGGAAUUUGAAAUAAAGAUCAGGUGUUCUCUUGUGUAUUGAUUUCACUGUAUAAGAUAACGAAAUUGGAACAAGAAUGUCGUGAAUCGAAUGAAAAA